AUGUCGCUAUACUGUGAGUUAGUGGAACGUCAGACUGCUCCCGCGUCGUUGUUAUCGACUCCACAUCAUGUGUCUCCGAAGAAGAAGGUGAGCUCUGUGGUUACUCUGUUGCCAGGUCCGUCAGGGAAUGCUAGCUUCAAAUCUGGCUCCGUGAACCGCAAGAAAGAGCGUUGA